AUGGCUCAUAUUCUUAUCGAUUGGCUCAACAAUGAUGUUGAGCUAUCGAAGAACAUUGAGUCCAGUAGUAAUCUAGCAAAUGAAUUUGCUACUGGUUAUCUUUUCGGUGAAAUUCUUUCUAAAUAUGGUUUACAAGAAGAUUUUCCUCAGUUUAGUACAAGCAAGAAUUCAGUAUCUCAAUUGAAUAAUUUCACGCGAAUUGAACGUACACUUCAUUUACUUGAAAUUCCAUUUAAUACAAAUAAUGCUCGACAAAUAAUGACGAUGGAAAAGGGUGCUGUUCAACAACUUUUAUAUCAACUAUAUACAGCUUUAAACAGAAAAAAGAAACGAAAUUUAACUGGAGCAGCUAUGGAAACCAUGAAAGCGCCAGCGACAAAAAUUUUAGCUCAAGCAGAAACACUGCAAUAUCAAAAUUUAAUUAGGAAAAAAACAACUCGUCAAUGUGAUCUUAGUUUACAACAACUUAUUGCUAAACAUGAACAAUUUAAAGCACGACAAGACGAAAUUAUCAACAAACAAAAAUAUGAAGAUGAAGAAGAAAAGCGACAAGACCUAGAAUCCAAACGACAAUAUUUACUCAACCGUUCAAAAGAAAAGCGUGUCAAGGAUGCCGAAAUGAUGGCUAAACUUAAAUUACAGCAACAGGAUCUUGGAUAUGAGCUCGAAAUCGAGCCGAUGCCAGCAAAUGUAGUAUUGAUACCAAAAACACCCCCACUUCUUUCUAAACAAGCAAUUGAAAAAAAGCGACGAUUAAAAAAAGAAGUAGAAAUGCAGGACACAAUGAAUGAUAUACGACGAUUCGAAAAACGUGUUUUACAGCAUACUGAAUUUGAUGACGAUGAAGGUUUCGAUGAAAAUACACAGGGAGAAUCAACUAAUCUAUCGGAUAUGGAAUUAUCAUCUCCAUAUGAACAAGAACCAAAGGAUUCAGCUAGUAAAAUGGCUACAACAACUUCAUACGAGUUAGUGGCUUAUACAAAACCUUCACAAUUGGGACAAGUUGAUCCUUACAUACUUGAAAUUCGACGACGUCUUCAAGAAGAUAUUCAUGCAAGGCGUGAACGAGAAAAACGACGUCGAAAAGUCUUAGUCGAUCAACUUCGAGCACUUGAAGCCAUAGAAGAUUCUAAACGUGAAGAAUCACUUGUUAGUCAUUUACUUCGUCAAUCUCAAUUUGAACGACGUCUUGCUGUUGAAUUGUUACAAACAAGACAUGAAAAAGAUAUUUUACGUCAAAAUCGUAUUGCAUAUGAAAAACAACUUGAAAUUCGUCGAAGACAAGAUUUUGUUGAAGCUAUGGAUCGAGAAGCGGAAUUAGCACGAUUAGCUCGACUCGAGUAUGCUGAACAAGUACGCAAAGAUAAAGAAUUACAUGAUAUUAUUCAAGCUGAUAAAGCUGAAGCUAAACAUAAAAAACACAUCGAAUUUUGCACACGGCUCACAUGGCAAUUGGUUGAUUUUGCGCUGAAAAUUGGAGAAUAUCGACAGUUAACUGAAAAUUUAAUACCAGCCAAAGUGUGGCGUGAAUGGAAUGCACUAUUUGUUGGUGAUAGAUCAUUUUUUGAUGAUGAACAACGUAUUUCAGAAAUUCAACAAGAUGAAAUUGAUCGACAAGAACAAAAGCUUCAUGCUCAAACAGUUUUACAAGAAGAAAGUUUGAAAAUAUUAGAUGAAGGUGAUUUUAAUGAAUAUCGAAAUAUGAUUGGUGAAUGGGAACCACCAGCUGGCAGUCAAAGUUCAACAGUAAUUACUCAUGUACCACCAAUUGAUAAUCCUAUUUUUGGUUAUGUUGUUAAUCGUUUACAUAAUAUUGUACAUCCACCAGCUGUUAAAAUUCCGCCACCAUUAUUUCCAGCAUUUGGCCUUAAACUUAUUAUUUUAGGAAAAUCUUUUGCUGGUAAAUCAAGUGCACUCAAACGAUACGGUGAAGAAAAUGGCGUCACAAUUCUUAACAUUGAACAAUUAUUACAUGAAGCUCUAGAAGCGUUCAAUAAUAAUGAAUUGCGUGCUGGAGAAACAGAUGAAACGGAUAUGGAGUAUUCAGCAAAAAUUGAUCAUGAUGAUAUUCCUAUACCGCACGGAAACUCGUCGGUUGAUCAAGCAGAUCAAAAUCCGAAGUAUUAUAUUAAUAUUGAAAGUGAAAAUAGUUUUGAUAUAUUUAAAAAGUCAGAAGUUAAAAGCAGUUUUUCAUCAUGUUUACAAAUAUUAGCAGUUGAUUGUCAUACAUUCAAUGUGAACUAUAAUGCAAAGAAAAGACGACAACUAAAACAUUUUCAUAAAAUAAAGAAGAAAAUGAAAUUACUCGAAUCAUCUAAAUCAUUCAAUAUUCCAUAUCAGAAAUCUUUAUCAGAUACAACUGAUGGUGAAUAUCCGCCAGGACCUCAUCCAACGCUUGACGAUCUUACCGAUGGAACGAAUACGGAAAAGUUAAAUAGCAAAAAAAAUCGAAUGGAUAAAUUAACUGAUCGUGCUAGACUUGGCUCUAUUAUUGUUCAAUCAAUGAAACUCGGUGAAUCAUUAAGUGAUCGCAUGGCAGUAGAACUGACUGUUGAGCGUCUUCGACGAAUUCCAGAUGGUGAAGGUUGGAUUAUCGAUGGAUUUCCAACGACUUAUGAUCAAGUAAAAUUACUCGAAAGUGCGUUAGCAGGUUAUGAAGAAGAACAUCCCAAAGAUUUUGAUCCUAUGUUGGCACCUAACCCACGUCCUACACCACCACCUGAGCCAUAUAAGUCAAUCAUCGAUCUUGUGGUUCUUUUUCAUGUGACAAAUGAUAUUAUCAUUCGACGUGCAGCUGGUCGUUCAUUUGCUCCAUUAGCCAAUCGAGAAUUUCAUGAACAAUACAAUUCACCUCCAGUUGGUGCUGCAACAGGAUUCAAUGGACAAGAACAAGUGUUUCCAACUAAAGAUGCGGCUAAUGACAUGGAACAAUUACAACAUCGUAUAACACAAUUUCAAGAUUCAUAUCCUCGAAUUGAAAAAUUCUAUUCUCAAUAUUCGAAAGUUGUUGUUGUCGAUGAAACAAAAUCUGAUUCACCAUUAGAUGAAGAACAAUUAUAUCACGAAUUAUGUCGCGCUAUCGAAACACAUGUUGACGAAGAACAAGCGAAAAUUAGACAAGCAGAAGAAGAAAGACAACGAGAAGAAUGUGAACGUUUAGCCAAGGAGCAAGAAGAACUGGAAGCAAAGAGACGAGCUGAAGAAGAAGCAGUAAGAGCGCAAGAAGCAGCAGAAGCGACUGCUGCUGCUGAACGCGCUGCUAAAGAAGCUGCUGAAGCUGAAGCAGCAGUCAAAAAAGGUGGAAAAGGAGGCAAAAAAGAUCGAUCACCAGUUGCUAGUGCUGCAAAGAAAGGUAGCCCAAAAACUAGCGCUAAGAAGGGUAAAAAAGAAGACGAACCAACACCAACAGUUGGUACAGUACCACUUGAACCUCAGGGACCACCUCCACCAAAACCUGGUUCUGAAGAAUGGAUUUAUAUUCAAGAAGUUAUCGACUUAGAAAUCGCCGCUAUACUUUCUAAUUAUUAUGAUGCAGUCGAAUCGAAUUACAUAGAUGCAUGCAAACUUGUUUUUCGAAAUAUUCGACUGGAACGCUCGUAUCUUAUUGAUCAUUUUUAUAAUGUAAAAGUCAAUUUUAAGAUUUUUCUGGAUCAACCUGAUAUUAAACAAGAACAUGUUGAUCUUUUCGUUAAAGAAUUCAAUGCAUUACCAGAUGAUGCUCGUGAUGAUGAUGAAUUUAAACAAGAACUUCAUCAAAGAGUAGAAGAUUUGAGCGAUAUUCUACAUAAUAUAGCUUCAGAACGUAAAGAACAGUCAGAGAAAGAACGGGAAAUGGUGAUGACUGAUGGAUGGGUUUCAGAUCAUUUAGGACUUUUAACAAAUCAUUAUGUAACAUUGAUGCAGAGUGAAAUUGAUCGAUAUCAAGAUGCGUUACGUAUGCUUCGAGAUUAUUAUAAAUCAAUGCAACAACCAAUUCCAGAUGAAAUGAAACAAGAUUAUGCACGAUUACCAUUGUUUGAAUUAAUGGAAGGAGCAGAACGGCCAGCUUCCGUUGCAGAAAGUCUUGUUGAUUAUGAUGCAACAAAAACGCCGGCUUUAUCCGUGGGUAAUGCUGAUUUGGAAUCAGCUUCUCAAAUUGGUACACCAAAAAAAGGCAAACGAGCGUCAUCAGCAAGUAAAAGCAGUAAAAGAACACCGUCGCCGCCUAAAUCUCCAAAAGGCGGAAGAAAAGCAGCUGGCAAAAAAGAGAAAGAAACUCAACAAUCGCUUGAUAACACUUCACAAUCACUUGGACACGAUCCUUCAUUAAAAAAUCUUAAACCUAAAUUACCUUUGGUACCUCGGCGACCAUUAUCAGCUUUUGAUACCACUGAUAAUAAGAAACGUUCAAAUCAAGCUGCAGCAGCUAAAAAACGUACCGAUGAUCCUAAUGCUAGUGAACCAUCACCUCCACCUCCCGAAGAUAUGGACGAGAGACUUAUCUUUGAUGCUCACCGUUUAGCCAAUCAAUAUAUCAACGAUAUGCUUACUAGUGAACAAGCAGUCGCUGAACUAGAUUCCACGGCAACUGCGACUGCAUCCGGUGGUGCUGCUGGAUCCACUGCUGUUGGUGGUAAAGAUACUAAAGGUGCUGGUAAAGAUGCAAAAGGUGAUAAAAAAGGUGCCGGUGGAAAAGAUUCAGCAGGAAAAGGUGGUAAAAAAGGAGCGAAAAAAACAGAUGAGCCACUUGUAGAACAUUUAGUCGAAGCGACACCUGAAGAACUGGCAAAACGAGAAUUAAGAAAUAAAAUGAAAGAAGAAUAUUUAUCUGCACUUAGUCACGAAGUUCGCAUUUGUCAUGCUCGUCUAAUGCUUAUACGUGACGUUGGUUCUCGGGCUAUUACGGGUCUUAAGAACAAAGCUGAUGAUACAUAUGCACGUAUGUUCGAAUGGCUUGGUGAAAAAUAUAAACAAGAAACUGAAAGUAUCGAAAUUAUGGCUAAAAUAAUUCGAUAUGCAAUUGAAUCGAAAGAAAAAAUUGAGCAACAACUUGUGCUCGAUAGAUAUUCAUUCUAUAUUGCUGAAGAUGUCAUUGUUGCUCCGCCACCAAUACCACCGCCUCGUCCACUACCUUUAGAAGAAGCUGUACCUGAACUAUUUACCAUUGAUCAAUUGAGAGAACUCUACAAACAGAUCGAAUCAUUAGCUGCAAUGCUUUCAAAUGGUUCUGAAUUUAUCAAUUGGCGUUUAUGGUUAUUAUUUUCUUCACAACCAUGGCCUCAUCCAACGCAGCAAGAAUUACUCAAUCUUCUCUUUACCUAUGCUGAAAACGAUAGUGAUCAUUCAGGUUUUAUUUCUCGUACAACAUUUAAUGACAUUCCACUUUGGUUUAUAAUGGAACGUCCUGCAACACCUGAUGAUCAAUCUCUGCCACGUCCUUACAAUCGUGAAUAUCAUUUAAAACAAUUUUGGUUCGAUUUGUUUGCACUUGAUGACAAUUCAUCAUUAUUGCCUUAUGAAGAUAUGCUCUAUUAUAUGGCUGCAGUACCGAAUCCACUACACGGUUUCUGUCGUGCAUUAGCGAUAGCCGAACGUACAGCAAUGCCCACAUUAAAAGAACAAUUACCACAAAUUGACAUGCAGUGUGCUACUUUAAGUACACAAGAAUAUGAACGAUUUCUAGAGAGAGAACGAGAACAGCUGCAGGAUAAUGAAACGGAACUGCCUAAUGAUGGAUUUAUUUCAGUUGAUGGACUUCAUCAAGUUCUACAUCAUGGUGAACGUAAAUUUGGUGAUACACAUCGAUUUGCUACUACUGAAGAUCCAGAAGAUUUUGCUUCAAAAGAGCGUCUUUAUGCUGUCUGGAAUGAAAUGCAGAUCGAUCGUUCUUCAAAAAUUCAUUUGUCUGCAUUGCUUAACCAUCCAAUAAUUGCCGAUAUGGUUGCUAAUUGUUGCAAAUAUCGAGCACCAGACUUCAAACAAAUACUUCACCUAAGACAAAUCGAUGAAAUGUCGGCGAUUGAUUCACAUGGCCAUCGUACACCUGAACAAACCAUUAUUAGUUAA